UCUGACUCAGGUUUUGCCGUGCUGACGGGUUCGAGAGCUGGUGUCAUCGCGGCGAGUGAUGGUGCAGAUUUCCGCGAUUCCGCAUCUUCGCGUCGCCUCCACGUUUCGUGAGGCUAGUCGAGACUCGAGACUGUCGAGGGGUCGAGGACUGGAGCCAAGGACUGGAGUCGAGUGGUCGAGUCGAGCAUGAGAAGACUCGAGAAGGUGAGGGUUGCGCCUCCCACCUUUCGUGGCGCGGCUGUCGUGCCACCUGUGGCUCAGCAGCCGCAGGGCAGUCAACACCACUAAUUGAGGCUGAAGACGCCGCUGCGCCCCGCGCAUGACGUCCACUCAGCCCGCAAAUGCGCCUUGCCUUGCCCCUCCGCUACCGGUUAUCCGGAUCGACCUACAUAUAUACAAUUGUCCCGUACAUCUUGCAUGCAGCUCAUGCGCCUUGGCUUCGACUUUCAAGACCUACCAUCAAGACCACAUUCGAUAUCUACAAUGUCCAACUCGGAUUACUACGGCGGCGGAGGCGGCUACGGCCAGCAGCAGCACAGCAGCAGGGCCACUCUCCUUAUCCUCAGCAGCAGGGCUACGCGCCAGCCCCGGCCCCUCAACACCAUCCCCAGCAGCCUUCCUACGCGCAACAGGCCGAUCCUCGCCAGAACUACGGCGGCCAUUCGCCCCAACCGCAAUACAACCAGCCGCCACCACAGCAGCAGCAGCAAGGCUACGGCCAGCCGCACGACUACAACCGCUCAGGUAGCCACUCUCCAUACCCGCCCCAGCACGGCGGCGCACCGGCCUACCCCCAGGGACAACAAUAUGGCCAGCAGUACCCUCCAGGCCCGGGCGGCCCUGACGGCGAAAAGGGUCUCGGUGCCACGCUCGCGGGCGGUGCGGCUGGCGCCUGGGGCGCCCACAAGCUAGGCAACACGGGUCUCCUCGGCACGCUGGGCGCGGCCGCGGCGGGUGCCAUUGGCGCCAACGUGCUCGAGCACAAGAUCAAGCCCAAGAAGAAGAAGGACAAGAAACACAAAAAGGAGAAGAAGUACAAGAGCAAGGGGAUGGGAGACCACAGCAGCAGUAGCUCCAGCAGCUCCAGCGACUCGGAUUGAGCAUGGGCCCUGCCGGAUGUGGUGUCAUGAAAGGCGGUUAAAUGAAAGGGCAUG